AUGGACCACAGUGAGAGUCCAGACUUGGGGCAAAUGAGGAGGAACAACAUGGAUCCUGGAAGACAGACGCAUCAGGUUCUGGAGAGCACACCUCUGGAUCUGAUUGAGACAGGCAAGUCCCUGAAAGUCCAAGCAGAGCGCCCUCACCUGGUUAGUUUGGGAAGUGGUCGCUUAAGUACAGCCAUCACUCUGCUCCCGCUGCCUCCAGGCAGAACCACGUUGGGCUGCGGGGUCACAGAUAUCCAUUUGCAAGGUCCUGGAAUCACACCUCAGCACUGCUACAUCGAGAACCAGGGGGGCAUCAUCACGUUGUACCCAUGUGGACACCAGUGCUCUGUGGAUGGCCUCCCCAUCACCAACCCCUACCGCCUCACGCAAGGAUGCAUGUUGUGUUUUGGUCAGUCGACUUUUUUCCGUUUCAACCAUCCUGAGGAGGCUUUGAGAAUGAAGAGUAUGCUUCCAGGGAGCCAAGUGUUGACUAUGACCAAGGCCAAAACAAAAGAGUUACACUGUGUCACAAAUGGAAACCACCAAAGUUUCAAAAAUAACUUUAAAAUAAACAACUUAUCCAAAAACUUUCCAGGCUCUUUACCCCAGCUGGAUAAAACAGCCAAACAAAGUGCUCCCCUGGGCUCUAAUGGUGCAUUCAUGAAUGGAAAAAAUGAUUGCACAGAAGAAUCCAUCUAUGAAAAUGUUGGCAGCUUUUUGUGUCACAAUGAAGGGAACAAGACUCCACCAGUGCCUCCUCGCAUGCCCACCUUACACCAGCCGCCUGUUCCUCACCCACGGACCUUCUACACCGGCAUGCAGAAUCCACAGGACAGCCCAAACCGUCUCAGGAAAACAAGAGACGUUUCACCAAGCUCAGCCCCAAACAAUAGGCCAGGACCAACCCCCGUCAGACACCUGCAAACAUCAUCAUCUGUUGAUCUGUCUUCUUCAACUACAACCAGUCCCCAGAGAGCUCACAGCCCCAUUCGCACUGACCCACAGCACAGACUCAAGGCCCCAGAGACCUCCACAGCCACAGGCCGCCCCCCUAUCAGCCCACACACCUCCAGGAGAGAGACCACAUCACCUCCCUCAAGUACACCACUACUCGGUAGCCCACAGUGCCAACACAAACCUGUUCCAGGGAUUGAUAAAGAGACGGGAACCAGAGAUCUAAGACAGAGUUCUGUGAGAUCCUCUCCUUUAGCCAGCCCUCAAAACCAAAGAAAAAACUCUGCCAUAAAGUUAAACUGCAACAAGGAAUCUACUUUUACAAAGCCAUAUACAAGAGAGCGAAAGAAUAGUAUUUCAGAGAUCAGCGACAACGAAGAGGAGCUUUUGGAGUACCAUCGCCAUCAGAGAGAGGAGCGACUGCGUGAGCAAGAGAUGGAGAAACUGGAGCGGCAGAGGCUGGAUGCCAUCUUAAAUCUGUGUGCGGAGUAUAACCAAGAGGACGGCUCUCUGGACCUGGACACUGUGAUGAGGACAGGGCUCAUGGGGGGAUGCACCGUGAUGAUCCCACCUGAAGAUGUGGACGAGAGCUGCCAGAGAGAGGAGUCCAGCAGCACAGAGAGCACACACCAGGAGUGUGCAGAGCUCUUAGCUAGUAAAGAGAAGAAGAACCUGGAGGAGGAGAGGAGCAGGAUCCUUUCACGAGUAGAUGAAUUGAAGCAGAAAGUUAGUGAACUUGAGCAGCAACUGACAGAGACCAAACAUGAGGUGGAGAUGGAGCAGGCCCUGCUGCAGGCCGAGCGACAGGCGGAGCAGGAGCAGGUGGAGGCUGAACACAAAGUCAUCGCUCAGCUGCAGCUCAAACUCAGUCAGCUGAACCAGACCACCCAGAAUGACAAGGACAAGGGGAGGGCAAAAGUGUCGGCCGAGCGGAAGGCUCUGGAAAAGCAGAGGAAUGAGUACAAUGAUCUGAAGAGGCAGUUUGAUAAGUGCCCCUUGCCUCUAAAGGGGCAAAUACAGGAGCAGCUCAGCAGGAAGGCAGAGGCUGUGGACUCUGGGACCAAACGGUUUGAGGAGCUGGAGUUCUGUCAGCUGGAGCAAGAGAGCAGUCUAGACGAGAGGAAAGAGACUCAGAGCUCCCAGCUCCUACAAGAGAAGGCUGACCAUCACUGCAGCAUGGCUCAGAGGAAGGAAAGAGUAGCAGCUCUUGAAGCACAAGCAAAGCAGCUAGGACUUCAGGCUGUUCAAGAAUGUGAAAGGAUUGUCAGGGAACGAACGGUGAACCUGCAUCUGCUACAAAAGGAGCAGGACCGACUGUGUGCUUUGGAAAGGAAUUACCAAACAUUGACUGGGAAAAACGUUCUAACGCCCAACCUCAAAGAAGACUUUCUUCACAUCAGUGAAUCAGAUCUUGUUUUGUUGGAAGGUGCUUCUUGUAGCUCGCGUCCCUCUUCUUCUUCCUUAUCCUCCUGUAACCCCUCUCCUGAGCUCUGUACUGAUCCUUUCCCCGUUAGGCUUCAAGAGGAGUACCUGAGACUUUCUGAUGUCUUUAAGAUGUAUGGAAGUGGCUCCAUGCAAGCUUCUUCUCCUGCCACUCUGCACUGCUUGUCUAUUGCUGUGCCCUGUGAGGAGUAUAUCACUGUCAGUCAGCUGAGUCAAAUCUUUGGGUUGCAAAGACUCAAUCACUUUCCCACUUCCUCACUCGCAUCAUUCCAGCUCGCCUCCUCUGAAUCUACUUUCACCUGUCACUCAAACACAUCUGCUCCCUCCUGCUUUCACUCUGUCCAGAGUCAGUCUGAUCUUCCACCUAUAAACCUUGAGAGCUGGUACCAGGACAUCAUGGCGGCUGGAGAGGCCCAGUCCUGUCCGCCCCCACUGCCUGCCAAGUCUACACGCAGACAUCCACAGUUGAUGAAAUCAAAAUCUGAAGAUGAGGUCACACAAGUCAUAUCUAGUUCUCAGAUCAGCAAUGGUGGGACUUCCCAUGACAAAAAUACCAAGGAUUUUCAGUUGGUUUUGAGAGAGCUUCCAAAUUCCAUUGAUACAGAGCCCAGAAAAUAUGUGACCUCUCAGUACAAAGGUACAGACUCUUCUUCAGUCCAUCACUCCAUUCUGCACCACCAGACGCCCCCUGUUGGCAGCCAGGCCUUCGACACCCUGAGCCUGGAGAGCUCAGACAGUCUGGAGACCAGUGUGUCUGCUGGAAACUCUGGCUGUUCCCCCGAAAGCGCUCUGGAGGCCCAGCGCAUCGAGGAGAUGGAGAGGCUGCUGAAGGAGGCGCAGCAGGAGAAGGCCCGUCUCAUGGAGAACAGAGAGAGGGAGGUGCAGACGCGGCGGCAAAUCCUGGAGGAGGAGCGCAGGAGGCGGGAGGAGGCGGAGAGGAGGCUCCAGGACGAGGCGGCCCACAGGAGGAGGCUGGUGGAGGAGGAGGUGAAGAUGAGAGAGAAGCACUUCUGUCAGGCUCGUCCCAUGACACGCUACCUGCCCAACCUGAAGGAAGAGUUUGACUUGCGCGCGCAUGUGGAAUCCUCCGGUCACAACAUCGACACCUGCGCCUUCGUCAUCCUCACGGAGAAAAUGUGCAAAGGUCACCUGGUUAAAAUGGGCGGGAAAAUCAAGUCGUGGAAGAAACGGUGGUUUGUCUUUGACCGAAUCAAGAGGAACUUCGGCUACUAUGCAGACAAGCACGAGACCAAACUGAAAGGACUCAUUUACUUCCAGGCGAUUGAAGAGGUUUACUAUGAUCACCUGCGCAGUGCCUACAAGAGCCCAAACCCGUCCCUGACCUUCUGUGUGAAGACCCACGACCGGCUCUACUACAUGGUGGCCCCGUCCCCUGAGGCCAUGCGCAUCUGGAUGGACGUGAUUGUAACGGGCGCAGAGGGCUACACUCAGUUCAUGAGCUGA